CAUUUUACGAUUUUAUGAGGAACCUGUAACAUCACACGAUCGAAAAUAAAGUUUUUAUGUAAAGUUUGCAGUCGUAAUUACUUUGAUUAGAUAAUGAUUGUCGCAACAGAGCGCGGUGCUUUGUAUGUUUACUGGGUUACAGGAGCGUAUUGAUCAAUAAUUUUAUAAUUAAUGUAUAAAAGAUUGUGAUUUGGUAUAACAAAAACUAUCUUACUACUGUGAAUCCUGUAAAAGGAAUUUUUUAACCACUGCUGCAUUUUUAUCUUCGCCUAGAUGAAUCCCAAAGUGGAAAGACUGGAAUCCGUCCCAGCGUGCAAACUGGGCGAAGGACCCCAUUGGGACGCCGAGUCCCAAAGUCUAUAUUUCGUAGACAUAAUAGGAAGAGCCAUCCACAAAUAUGUACCAGCUACAAACAAGCAUACCAGUGCUAUCAUAGGCACAAGUGAAGUUUCUCUGAUCCUCCCAAUAAAGGGCGAGAAAGGAAGGUUUUUGAUCAGCAUAGGCAGGGACUUGGCUGUUAUCACCUGGGAUGGAGAAAGUGAAAAUGUUUCGAACAUAGAGAAAAUCUUAGAAGUGGAAAAUAGCCCGGAUACUCUGAGUAACAGAUGGAAUGACGGCAAAUGUGAUAGACUUGGAAGAUUAUGGGCUGGUACAAUGGACCAAAAGGCAAACGAAAACGUUGUAAAAACAGCAGCUUUCUAUCUGGUGCAAAACAACAAAGCAACCCAAAUGCUCAACAACAUUGGAAUAUCAAACGGUACGGCUUGGAGUCGGGAUGAUAAAAAAAUGUACUACAUUGAUUCUGUUACUCGUUCUAUCGAUUCGUUUGAUUUCGAUAUAAAUAAGGGAACAAUAGCAAACAGACAAACAAUUUUCACAGUAGCUAAACACAAUAUACAAGGUACUCCGGACGGUAUGACAAUAGAUACCGAUGGAAAUUUAUGGGCGGCGGUUUUCAAUGGACAUCAGAUCCUAAAAAUCGAUCCCAAGACUCCGGAAACUCUUCUAGCUUCGAUUCCUAUGCCAUCGCAACAAACGACUUCUUUGACUUUCGGUGGUCCAAAUUUGGAUGAGCUUUACGCUACAAGUGCUAGAAUACUAGGCUUAGAAGAUUCGCCGAGCGAGAAUGGUUCGAUUUACAGAAUCACGGGAAUCAACGCUCGUGGAUAUCCUAGUGUUCCUGUUACUUUGUAA